AUGUUCGUAAAUACAGAUCCGGUAUUUGUUGCUGAGAACUCGGGUACUGAUAAGGCCCUCAAAAGUAUAAAACGAGCAGGUUCUUACUCCACAUCAUCAUCCAACAACUCCUGCAUCCCAUUGGAAAUGCGUUCUCUUCUCCUCCUCAUUCUUUCAGUUACUGUAGCUUUGGCUGCUCCGCCGACCACUCACAAGCCGGGUCGUCCAACUACAACGUAUAAGCCUCAUAAUUCCCAAGGUAGGUUAGUUGGUUUCUCAAAACAUUGCAUUUUACAACUUCCAGUUAUCGAGCUCGUUGAAGAGGGCCUUGACAAGAACAUUACUCGCAAGCCAAGACCUCCAAGUACCACUCAAAAGCCGUAUACUGUCCAUGGUAAGGUGAUUGGUAAUCUAGAAGUGUAUCUCUGUAAUCCCCUCAACUUUUACACUCAUUCCAGCCGAGGAUCUUGUUGAUGAUGACCUCCAUCGGAAUGCAACUCGCAGCCCACGUCCCACCACCCAAAAGCCACAUAAUUUGACCGGUAGAUUGUUACUAUUUCAGCUCAAAAUCCUGUUUUAUUUCAGCCGCUGAACACGAACUCGCCUUUCCCGGCUCUAUUAGAAUGCCUCCGUGCGACAUUUACUGUAGAGGGUCACUCGAUGUUAGAGAGUGUUGCAGAACGCAUGGCCUAAAGACUGGCCAUUGUCAUUGGUGGAGUGGAGCCUGGUGUGAUUAA